GCUGGUCGUCGUCGUCUCAACGUUCCACUGCGGCGAGCCGAGAACUGUCUGAGAUGCGCACAGUAGUAAUAAAGAAUAUAGAAAUUACUUAUUUUCCCCAAACAUUUUGUUUCCAAAACUGAAAUUGGAAACAGGUAAAAUAUUCGCCUUGGGAGAAUUUAUGCUCAAGGAAGAGUAUAAGAAUGAGGUGAGGGCGCCGAGAGGAAUUCCGGAACCAGAAUAUCUUUAGAGGCCAGCCGGAGCUUCACACCGGAAUCCAACUCACAAUGUGGAGAGUUGUUCGAUCUGCGGCGUCAGGCCUCCGCCGAUCCCGGCGAUUCUCGACGGCGAUUCCCGGCCCCUGCAUCGUCCACAAGCGUGGAGCAGAUAUUCUCCAUGAUCCUUGGUACAACAAGGAUACAGGCUUCCCUUUGACAGAAAGAGACCGACUAGGACUUCGUGGUCUACUGCCACCUCGUGUUAUUUCUUUUCAGCAGCAAUAUUCACGUUUUAUGGAGUCAUUUCACUCACUUGAGAGAAACACUCAAGGGCAACCAGAGGGUGUUGUAUCAUUAGCAAAAUGGAGGAUGUUAAAUAGACUACAUGACAGGAAUGAGACACUGUACUACCGUGUUCUUAUUGAUAACAUUAAAGAUUUUGCUCCUAUAGUAUACACUCCUACCGUAGGAUUGGUGUGCCAAAACUACUCAGGGUUGUUCAGGCGCCCGCGUGGGAUGUAUUUUAGUGCCAAAGACAAGGGAGAGAUGAUGUCUAUGAUAUAUAACUGGCCUUCCCAACAUGUAGACAUGAUUGUUGUAACAGAUGGGAGUAGAAUUCUUGGCCUAGGUGAUCUUGGAGUUCAGGGAAUUGGCAUACCCAUUGGCAAACUCGAUAUGUAUGUUGCAGCCGCUGGUAUUAAUCCACAAAGAGUUCUUCCUGUUAUGCUUGAUGUUGGAACAAACAAUCAGAGGCUUCUUGAAGAUCGCCUUUAUUUGGGAUUGCGGCAAAAUAGGUUAGAAGGAGAAGAAUACUUAUCAAUAGUUGAUGAAUUUAUGGAAGCUGUUCAUGCUCGUUGGCCAAAGGCGGUUGUGCAGUUUGAGGAUUUUCAAGCAAAGUGGGCUUUUGAGACUCUACAUCGCUAUCGGAAAAGAUUUUGCAUGUUCAAUGAUGACGUACAGGGAACUGCGGGUGUUGCUCUUGCUGGUCUUUUAGGAACUGUCAGAGCCCAGGGACGCCCUUUGACUGAUUUUGCCAACCAAAAGAUAGUUGUGGUAGGAGCAGGAAGUGCCGGGCUUGGCGUUCUUAACAUGGCAAUGCAGGCUGUUUCAAGAAUGUCUGGACCAAUGGCAAAUCCUCACUUUUUCCUUUUGGAUAAAAAUGGACUUAUCACAAAAGGUCGGAAGGAUAUUGAUCCAGCAGCGCUGCCUUUUGCUAAAGAUCAGCAUGAGAUCGAGGGACUAGGACUUCACGAGGGUGCAAGCCUUAUUGAUGUGGUUAAAAAGGUCAAGCCCCACGUGCUUCUUGGUUUGUCCGCUGUUGGAGGUCUCUUCAAUGAAGAGGUGCUUAAGGCAAUGCGGGAUUCAGAUUCCACUAAACCGGCCAUAUUUGCCAUGUCAAACCCCACAAACAAUGCUGAAUGCACUGCCGCUGAUGCUUUUAAGCAUGCUGGUCCAAAUAUUGUGUUCGGUAGUGGGAGUCCCUUCGACAAUGUUGACCUUGGCAACGGAAAAACAGGUUUUGUGAAUCAAGCCAAUAAUAUGUACCUGUUCCCGGGGAUUGGUUUGGGAGCUCUCCUUUCUGGUGCCCGAAUAAUUUCUGACACAAUGUUGGAAGCUGCUGCUGAGCGUCUUGCUUCUUAUAUGUCAGAUGAGGAAGUCAAAAGAGGACUUUUAUACCCUUCCAUUAACAACAUUCGAGACAUAACAGCAGAAGUUGGAGCGGCAGUUCUGCGGGCAGCUGUUGCUGAAGAACUGGCAGAAGGACACGGCGAAAUGGGCCCCAAAGAGCUACAACACAUGUCAAAGGAUGAGACUGUUGAACAUGUGAGGCGGAACAUGUGGGCCCCGGUUUACAGCCCUCUCGUUCACGAGACCUGAGGUUUCAUGGGUCGCCUACAGUUAGCCAGCCUUGCCACCAUGGCUAUAAGUCUAUAACUACAGAAAUUGGUUUUCGUGAAGCUUUAUCUGGUUUUGUUUUCAUUUUUGUUUGGCCUCUUUAUGAAGCUAGUUUUGUUCUCUACUGUACACGAAUAUGCCAUAUAAGCCUAUAUUUCCUUGAUUCUUUACUCAUCAUCAUAAACAUAAGGACCAUGCUACACUUACACCAAAACAUAUACCCCAAAUGUACACCACAGGUUUGCACAAACAUUUCGAUGGUUUACACCGACACAAAUGUUGGUGCGUUAAUAAAAAUUCACACGGACACGAAUGUUGGCGCGUUUAACAAAAAUUAAUUUUACACCAACACAAAGUGUUGGUGCAAAACUGCGGUGUACAAAUUGGGGUACAAAUUUUGGGGUACACAUAGCAUAAUCCUAAACAUAAAACCUCAUCUAUAUAUGUGUUGUACCAAACAGCCAGCAUUCAUAAUUUGAUUAUUGGAGUGGAAAUUUUUUAAAACCAUUAAACACACUAUGAUUGU